UUUCUUUUCUUCCUCGAAGCUAUCUCUCUCUCUCUCUCUCUCUCGCUCACUUUUUUUUAAUCUCUCCUCCUUUUGUUUCCCUCUCGUUUCUCUCAUAAAUAAAAAAUAUAAAAACAAAAAAAAACCCCAAUCGGUUUCAUUUCCCGCCGGAAUAUUUGCUCUCCGACCAUUCCCAGACGAUCUGUCUUUUCCUCUCGGCGAUCACCCUCUCGGUUCCUUAUUAUCUUGAAUUUCAAAUAGUUUACGAAUUUCUUAGGGUUAAUUUUUGUGAUUGAAUCGUUUUGGAAGAUUUUAUAGCUCGAUAAAGUGUAAUUCAUGGGGAUGGACAAUGAUCUUCCUUGGACGUGGUCCUUCAUUUCUCUUCCCGUAUCUUCAACAACAUUAGCACUGCAAAACUUCAAUCUUCUUCUUUUUUUUUCCAAUUAUUUUAAAUGUUUAUUUCCUAAUUUGUUAAUUGCAUUUUAAGUUUUUAAUUAUUGUGUUAAUUUUACUGUCAUUUAGUUAAUCAAACAUAUGAUCCCGAGGUAAAAAUCCCAUGUGAUCAAAUUUUUCUUUUUUCUUAUUGGAAGAUAGUAUUUUUUUAAAAAAUUUUUGCUGCAAUUGUUUGUUGGUAUCAUUUUCAUUGAAUUCCCUUUCAUGGAAGAGAAUGAAAGGAAGAGAAGAAGCCAGAGUGGGGCUGUGUAUUUGUUUUUGUGAGUGAAAAUCAGUGAACCCCAUUGUGUUUUUUUUUUUUUUCAGCCCAACCGACCAUGGCAUUCCCGUGAGAAGGACAAAAGAGAAAUAUUAACAUUAAACAAUUUGUGACCUUUAGAGCGAGAAGGGUCUCUCUCUCUCUCUCUCUCUCUCUCUCUCACACACACACACACACACACCCCCAAACUUAUCCUACGCAUCUUUCUUCUAGCUGUCUUCUUAUCCUGCACCUCACCACCAUGAACCAAAAAACCAGUACAUACAUAGCAGUAUAGUUUCUCAAGUCUUCGCUUAGGGGACCCCUUAGCACAUUGCAUUUGCAAUUUUAUGUGAGAUUUAACCAAAAGCAAACGUAGAGAUGACCGUUAAUGUAUGUUGGAUAAAAUUCUACUGAAAUUUCUCAAGGACUCCACAUUGUACCUGAUGCUGUUUUAUCACUUCUUAGCCUCAUUAUUAAGGCUUGAUCUGCUUGGAUUUGGGCUUUUCUUGAUGAAUAACCUAUGCCUAUUUCAGUCAUUGCUUGUAAUUCUCUAAUUCUUCAUCAGUUGGAUCUGGGAAUCUGUAAAGACAUUUAUUGCAGGGAAAAGCAUCUUCUUUUUGUGCAGCUGGUGUUAUUCCAAUUACAUGCGGGAUACAUGUAAGGUUAGGCUGUUAAAUGUAGUUUAGUUUUCUGUUUCCAAAAUCCCAUCAAUGUGGUCUACUUUGGAGAGUUUGGAUGGAUGUAUGUGAAUCAGAGCAACGAUUGCACAAGCUUGCUGUUGUGGUUACCAAAAGGCCACCCCUUUUUCUUGCUGAAAAAAACAAUGCACCACUCACUUCCCCACUGCCUCGAACAAGGGAAGUUAGUUCGAGGUAUAAAUCACCCACUUCAUCAACACCUUCUAGUCCCAGGCGUUGCCCAUCUCCAAACCUUGCUAGAACAUCCUCUAAACAUUCCCAGUUGAUGCAAAAGAGAGCUGCAUCGGCUGAGAGGAAACGCCCCUCAACACCACCUUCACCUCGAAGUCCAUUUAUGCCGGUUCAUGAUUCAUCAAUAGCUGUGCAGAUAUCAUCUAGAAGGCUAUCAACCGGCCGUAUACCUGAAAGUUUAUGGCCUUCUACUAUGAGAAGUCUUAGUGUUUCAUUUCAGUCUGAUAUUAUUUCAAUUCCUGUUAGCAAAAAGGAAAAAGAAAAACCGGUUAGUAAUAUUUCCUUGGACCGCACUUUGAGACCUUCUUCAAAUGUGGCCCAUAGACAACAGUCUGAGAAAGCUACCUUAUCACGGAAGUCUACUCCAGAGAGAAAGAGAAUUCCUCUUAAAGGGAAGAAUGCACCUGAUCAAUCUGAAAAUGCAAAACCAGUUGAUGGUUUGCCUAGCCGAUUGAUAGAUCAGCAUCGAUGGCCUAGUAGAAAUGGUGAGAAAUUAUCUUCCAAUUCAUUGAAUAGAAAAGUGGAUCUGGGUGAUAAUAAGAAUGUUAAAUGUUUAUCUACAUCAGUUCCAGGAAUGGGGUUAUCUUCACCGAAGAGAAUGCCUAUGUCUGAUAGUUUGGGUAAACCUCUACAGAAAUCUGCUAGUGAUGCUGCUAGGUUGUUAUCACUUGUUGAUAUUGGUCGAGUAGGGCCUAAGGCAAUUUCAAUUGAUGAUAAGUCCCUGCGGGUAUCUGGACCUGCUAGGCUCCUUUCUGCAAGUCCAGUGGACAAAAUGAUACUAACAACUCAUGCGGUAAAAUCUCAGUCGUUAUCUGCUCCCAGAUCACGACCUCAGUCACCAAAUAGGACCUCUGUUUCUAGGGGUGUCAGUCCGUCUCGGGCAAGAACUUCCACUCCACCUCCACGAGGAGCCAGUCCAACUCCAAGGGCAGUCAGUCCAUCUCGGAUGAGGACAUGCACGUCAUCUAGUCAAUCCCAUAGCUCAACUUCAGUUCUCAGUUUUAUUGCAGAUUUUAAGAAGGGGAGAAAAAGUGCGAGCUACAUAGAGGAUGCUCAUCAACUGCGCCUUCUUUACAAUUGUUAUUUGCAGUGGCGAUUUGCUAAUGCCCGGGCAGAAACUGUACUGUAUAUUCAGAAAGUAAUUGUGGAGGAAACUUUGUACAAUGUCUGGAAUGCUACUUUGAGUCUGUGGGAUGCCGUGCUAAAACAAAAGAUCAAUCUCCAACAGUUGAAGUUAGAGCUCAAGCUGAACUCAGUUUUGAAUGAUCAAAUGGGAUACCUCAACAAUUGGGCAUUACUUGAAGGAGAUCAUAUAAGUUCUUUAGCUGGAGCAGUAGAAGAUCUGGAGGCAAGCACUCUCCUUCUUCCCAUAACUGGAGGGGCAAGGGCAGACAUUGAAUCAUUGAAAGCUGCUAUUUGCUCUGCUGUUGACGUGAUGCAGGCUAUGGGAUCCUCCAUUUGUUCUUUACUCUCAAAGGUAGAAGGAAUAAACAAUUUGGUUUCUGAGCUUGCUGCAACAGCUGCAGAAGAGAAAAACAUGCUUGACCAAUGUGAAGCUCUCUUGGCUUCAACAGCAGCUAUGGAGUUAGAAGAGUACAGCCUUAGGUCUCAUCUCAUACAAACAAAACAACCUUUGGAGAGGAAUAAGCAGCCGAAACAUUUCCAUGGCCCUGAGCAGCUGGUGUGCUAACAAUCUGCCAAUAUAUCAUUUAAGUGAGAUAAAUUAAAAAAAAAAAAAAUCUGCUUGGUUCCCAGCAAAUAUAAAAAUCUUAAUUUAAUGGUAAUUUUUUCUUUAAUAUUUUUCCCUUUCAAAAGAUAGAGCUAUUGAGAUAGAGCUAUUGGCUUCAUUUUUCUACGUGUAAUUUUUGUAUCACACAUUUGAAAAGAAAAAUCCAAAGGAAGCAAAGGAUUUGAUAAUCAAUGUAAAGAAAACAUAAGAGCGAAAAAAAUGUAAUAAAAAAAAGUUUUAAGAAGAAAAAAAAAAGAUGUGGAGCUAAGUUUACAUGUAGACUAGAAUGGAAGUUUUUGUUGUGUACCCAGAUAGAGAAACUGGCUAAACCAUCAUUUAUCGAUGUUGGAUAUCACAACAUUUGCACACCCAAUAGUCAAAGUUGAGAUUCUGGAGAGAAACAAUGCAAUUUUGUAGUUUCGCUGAAAAAAAAAAAAAAUAUAAAUACCUGAACUAUUAAUCUAUCAUACCGGUGGCUCUGGGCCAUUAACUCUUGGACUAUUGCCCUUAACCCGAGUAUUCCCCAACUUCCAUUUUGUGGAUGUUGGAUGCUUUUUUACAGGUGAUAUUGAUCCGAU